GGGGGAGCGCUCCCGGCCCGGGCGCGGCGGCAUGGCGACUGUGGUCCCCGCCGCCGCCUCAUCUCCCGCCGGCGCCGCAUCCCGCAGCAAGAAGCGCCCGGCGAGCCCAGGCACCGGCGGCGGCCCCGCCAAGAAAAAGAAGGCGACGGCGCCGGGCGGUUCGCAGAGUGCAGGUGGAGAGGCUGCAAGUGAAAAUAAAUUUCUGAAUACAGACUCCAGCACAGGAUCAGUGGAAACUACUGCCAAGCCAUUACCAUUUAAAGACCCAAACUUCAUCCACUCCGGCAUUGGUGGAGCAGCAGCUGGCAAGAAGAACAGAACAUGGAAGAACCUAAAACAAAUUCUUGCUUCUGAAAGGGCAUUGCCAUGGCAACUAAAUGAUCCUAGCUAUUUUAAUAUUGAUGCUCCUCCUUCCUUUAGACCUGCUAAGAAAUAUUCAGACAUCUCAGGACUUCCGGCAAAUUACACAGAUCCACAGAGCAAGCUAAGAUUUAGUACUAUUGAAGAAUUUGCCUAUAUUCGGAUGCUCCCUUCAGAUGUGGUUACAGGAUACCUGGCUCUAAGGAAAGCAACAAGUAUUGUUUCCUGAACAGACUAAAUAUUCCUGUAUAUUGCUUGUGAACAGUGCUGAUUUGGAGUAUCAUGAUGGAGACUGACUGUGGGACUGAGAUUGUUUAAAACUAUCCAUGGAUUUUUACAUCUGGAAGUAGUUGAUGAUACAUGCAUUUGAAGAACAUACGGAUUUAGUUUUCAUAAAUGCUGAUAUUUGUUAGUUUUCCAAUUUGUUAACAAUUUUGUUUGGUGAACAGAAUAACUUAGACCUUAAGGAUAUGUAUCUAUACUAUAAUGUCUCAUUUAUAUUAAUUUCUGUAAAGGUGGGAUUUCAUCUCCACCUUAUAUAUUUUAUGUACUACCCUGGCUCAGAAGAAGCUGUCAUUUGAAUUAAGGAAAAGGCAACAGGCUAUCCAAAUGUCUAAACCUGCCUUACCAGAUGUGCUUGCCACUUGGCUAUGAAGUUUGUCCCAUCUGUAAAAUGAAGCUAAAAUUUCCAGCAAGUGCUGCCGUUGCGAUGACUUUUCAGGGUUCUGUGGCACUGUGAAAAUGAAGAUACAAAUGUUUGUAUUGAAUUAACUGCCAACAUAAAUAAAGUUGGUCUCAAA